CCAUCGGCCCAUUUGAAAUGAGUCGUCCUGUCCCCCUGGCUCCAGCUGCUGCUCAUCCACCUCGGAGUCUCGGGCUGUCUGCUCCUGUCCUCCGUUCGUCGCCCUGCCAAGUGCCCUGUGCGGCUGGGUGGGCUGCGGCUGCUCCGCGCACGUCCCUCAGGCCUCAGCAGAAUGGAGCUAAGCAGAGCCAUUGUCUGUGCCUCGCUCCGGCAGGUUUACUCCCUCCACGGCCGCUGCGGUCCUCCCACCGGAGCGUUCUUAACGCCGCGAUCGUCUCCUACCGUGGAAGUGCGCCGGUGCUGCAUCAGCAGGGCGCUGCGGCCGCGGCAGCAAGAGUGGGUGGAGGGCUGGGUCCGGCGAAACGACACGCUGGUCCGCGGCCUGCCCAUCCUCGUCGGCGGCGCCUCCCUCGUCGCUGUCCUUCUCAACCGCGCCGUUUCUGGAAUCGCCGCCGUAGCCGACGCCUCCAGUUCGCAGUCGAGGGCCGACAUAUUGACGCUUGCUCUCUCCGUGACUGAUAUUCUUGCCGGACUCGUUUGGUUAUCCAUCCGUCCGAAAUCCAUUUCUCCGGUGGUUCCUAGAGGUGUCGAGUGUAAACGAGUUGGUCCGGGUGUGUCAAGUUCUGCUCUUCAUGAACUACUUUGGACAUGGGAUUCCCUCACUACUGCAACUUGUUGCAAAUCAUUGGUUAUUGUGUAUGGAGGUAAUUGCGCUCUUCAAAUCGGGGUUGCUGCGGGAUCUCCAGAAGAUGGUAAUGCACUUAAUGUGGAUGUACAAAAGUUUACCCAAGGCUCUCUUUACAAAAGUGUCAUGGAAUCCAAGAAACAAUCUUAUCUGGCAAAUCUUGUUUUGUAUCCUGGGAGGUCUGAAUUGCCGUUCUUGCCUGCUAACACACAGGCACUGAUAUUGCAGCCAAUUGGUGAUAAAGGGAUUGCAAUUGUUGGUGGCGACACUAUAAGAGGUUUCACUAAUAUUGAUCAGGCUUGGAUCGCAAUGAUCGCAGACAAGCUGGAUGCCACAUUGUCUAAGUCUUAAAACGCUGGACUGCCUAUUUGAUGCUGGUUCACCAUCUCCCGUCUCCUGAGCACAUCGUCGCCCUACAAAUCCACCCCUUAUGGUUGUAGUGAGUAUCAGCAGCGGAUGUCCGGGCACAGGCAAAUUGCUGAAACCAACUCAUUCGGCAAUCAGAUCCAGCAAGAGUUUUCACAACACUAGUAACCAAUUCUGAACGGCUGACGGUUAGCUGAAGCCUGAAUGUUUGUUAAGUGACAACACAGCCACAGUACAGGCCUACAGGGCUUCAUUACAUCUUCCCAAUUUUUUGGUAUGCACAACCAAAUGUGAAAACGGAUAUUGUACUGUUACAGUAAAUAUGAGUAAACCAGUGUGUGCGGGCAGCAGGUGGCACUUUGAUCGUGAUAA